AUGCUCGAUCAGUGGUUCUUUCUGUACAUCCCGCUUAUAUUCUGCGGGCUCUCGUUUCUAGUAAAUCCAGUGUUCAUAUAUUUGAUUUUUACUGAAAAAUCAACGAAUUUUGGUAACUACCGAUACCUUCUUUUGUACUUUGCUUUGUUCAAUCUGAUCUAUUCGGUCGUUUAUGUAGCUGUUCCAUUGGACAUCCAUAGCUACCGCUACUGCUUCUUUCUCACGGUGAGAAAUGGCUGGUUCUCCGAAGCUUCCGAGAUCAACUUCGGCAUAAUCGCUUUACGUUGUACAAUGGUAGCUGCAAGCUACGCAGUUCUCCUCAUCCACUUCAUCUAUCGGUACCUCGUGAUCCAGAACUCUAGCCUUACAAGACAUAAUUUUCAUUGGUAUCUGACCAUAUCGGCGGUCGUUUUUGUCGUGUACUUUGCGACGUGGUAUGCGAUUUGUUACUUCCCUGGACGAGCGAAUGUGGAAAUCAAAGAGUAUAUUCGCAAAGAUUUUUUCGAGAUUUAUGGCACCGACUCAAUGGAUUACAACAUGCUCGGAGCAUUGUUUCACGAUGGAUCAAAUGAAACUGUUUACCUAUCUUGGGUUGCCACCAUGACGUGGACCGCAAUAUCGACGGCAUCCAUAAUAGCAUUUACAGUCAUGACAAGAAUGAUUGUUCGAAAGCUGAGAAAAAUCUCAACAAACGCGAGUAAAAAAACAUCCAAAUUUCAAUUUGAGCUCUUGAGAGCCCUAAUUGUCCAAACCGUAAUCCCGAUCUUGAUCAGCUUCUCGCCAUGUCUUCUUUGCUGGUACAGUCCAAUGUUUGGCAUUCCGUUGGCCAGAGAAAUCAACUACUUGGAAAUCUGUGCUUUUGGAGUUUUUCCAUUUGCCGAUCCCGUGGCAAUAAUCUUGUGCCUUCCAGUUUUUCGAAAACGGAUUUUCUGUUCUUGCAAAAGUGUACCAGCAUCGGUGGCCGGCACAACAAAUAGCACAAAUCAGCGGAAUAGUUAA